UGCGGGGCGGCUAUAAAUGCCGGCGGUGAUUGACAGGGCCGGCAGCGGCGCGGCGGGCAGGGGCAGCCGCAGCCCGGCCGCCGCCAUGGGCUCGCCGCGCCGGGCCCUCAGCGACUCGUACGCGGGCAACGGGCGGACGUCGCCGCCCCAGCGGCGGGGCAGCGUGGAGGGGGCGGAGGAGGCGGAAAGCGCGGCCUGGGCCUCGCGGCCCGACCGGCGCAGCUAUCUGCUCAGCAUCCGGCCCCGGAACAGGAGCACCUUCUGCGCAAUCAUUUCCCAGCUGACGGAGGAAACCCAGCCACUAUUUGAAACCACUAUCAAAUCUCGUUCUGUGUCCGAAGACUCUGAUGCUAAAUUCACGUGCAUAGUGACAGGUUACCCGCAGCCGGAGGUGACGUGGUAUAAGGAUAAUGAGGAGAUGGACCGCUACUGUGGCUUACCCAAGUACCAGAUUUUCCAUCAUGGAAAUCGUCACACCCUGCAGCUGUACAAGUGCCGGGAAGAAGAUGCAGGCAUUUACCAGGCGUCUGCUAGAAAUACCAAAGGCAUCGUGUCCUGCUCUGGCGUGCUGGAAGUAGGAACCAUGACAGAGUUCAAAAUUCAUCAGAAAUGGUUUGCCAAAAUUAAGAGAAAGGCUGAAGAAAAACUGCGAGAGAUAGAACAGAGCAAGAAGCGAGGGAAAGAGAACGUGGAGGUGGAGAGUUUGCAGAGAAUGAGCCCAGAUCGGCUCCAGAGAAAGCGGAGGCUGGCCAGGGAUCUGAAUCUCCGGCCAGGAGCCUCUCUGUGGGAGAAAGAGGAUGCAGCGAAAGUCCAUGUCACUGAUUCUAAAUCCAGAUUACGAGAGGAUGUGGCUGACUCAAGGGAACAGUCAGUAAACACGAUGACAGGCUUACCAAGCAAACUGAUAACACCUUUGAAAGCAGAGGUGACCACCAAUGGAGAUGCCUCUUUGGAGAGCGUAGAAGAGAAUGGGAAUGGCUUUCUUGCCUACAUCUAUGAGACAGUAGAGGAUCUAGUGUCUAAGCCAUUGGCCAAAGACUCUGCAGCUAAAAAGAAAAAGAAAGUGGUGGAUGCUCCAGCAGCAAAGCAGGAAGUUUUGAAGCGAGAAGAAAGUGGACGAGACAGGGUGAAGCCCUCAACAAAUCCAAGGUUUGCCCCCCCUGUCCCCUUACGCAGGAGCGCGCAUCUGAGGCUGGCAAGCGAUCAAGAAGAGGAAAAUAUUCCAAAGACGAAAGAGCCUGUGAAAGCUGUGAAUCAGGACACUAAAGUUAAUGGUGACAUGCACUUCUCUUUGAAAGAAUUGUAUUUUGAUAAUCAAGUGAAAGAGACAGCGGGGAAAGGUGAGGUGGGAACCAAGGAAGAGGCUGUGAGUGAGGCUGCCCCACGGCCUGUGGGUGUCAGCAGGCAGGCAGAGGAUGCUCCAUCAUCCUCAAAUGCAGCACCUGCACCGUCCAAAGGACAGAAAGACCAGCGCACAGCAAAGAAGUCUGAGGGGCACAACGUCAUUGGUGCAGAGGUUGUGACAACAGCAGAACCAUCUGCAAAUGACAUAAAACAUCCAGUGUCUGGCCCAGCGAUAGACAGCAGUCAACAAGCCGACAAGCUAGAGGAGCUCAGGAAAGAGAAACCUGUCUCCCAGGAGACCAAGGGAACUGGGAAAAGAACAAACCCUAGGCUAAGGUUUCAGGAGACACCAAAACCACCAGUUCCAUCUGCAGACCAUGCUCAGACCGGCGGGGAGCAGCCUGUCUCCAGGGCACAGGCAGAAGGACAUUCCCAUACUCUUGAGGGCAGAGAGACACAGCAAGGACUGUCAAACCAAGAGGUCAAGAGCCAAGGUACUGAAGAGCCAUUGCCAAAGAAAUUGAGCCCUCCAGAGCCUGGAGAAGAUACUCCUCAUGAGAGAAGCACAAAUCAGACAGCAGUAAAUAAUGAGAAGAGCAAAGAGAAAGGUGUAGAGCCAUCUGGGAGCAAGCCCUGUACAGAGGCAGGAGGAAGCAGUGUAGCAGCGUUGUCUCCUGAGAUGGUAGAGACACCUUUGGGACUUCAGGAGACUGAAACACCAGCUCCUCCUUCAGUUUGUCUGACUGAGGAAAAGCUGAUUCCCACUACUGCAGCAGGGACGUUGGUGGUGCAGGAGACACCACCUGCAGCUUGCAGCAGCCAAGGGAUGGAGACUUCAGCAGAGGAGGCUCCAUCUGGGAUCCAGCUGCUGCCUCCUGUGAGCAAAGUCACGGAAACCAAAAAGGCAGAUGGAGCUGCCCUGCAGGAGAUGUUUCCAACCAGCACUUCAGGGGAGGCAGAUGCCACACCGGUGUCUGUGGUACCUCAGAGGGAGGAAGGAGGAAUGCAGAUGGCCACAACUCCAAGCCAGCAGCCAGCAGUGCCUUUGGGUAUGUUUGAAAGCGGUGCUGAGGUUCAGCCACAAGUACCACUCGUCCUGCCUAGCCCUGAGAGACCUCAAGAGAUGACUUUGGAGGAGAAAAUGCAGCACAAAACCCUUGUUUCCUCGUUGAAGAACUAUCUACUGCUGCUUUUACAUUUGUCAGAUAGCAGUAAGGAUGCCACAAAAGAAGAUGCUGAGCCCAAGAGUGAGGAACAGUCCGCUACAGAGGAAGCCCCGCUCCCAGCAAUAGGCAUCGCAGGCCUGAGCCCCCACACCUCAAGGAGGGUUUUGGAAAAGGUACAAAACAAUCAGCUCUUCCAGACAGCUGAGAACUUGCCUCUGACCCCCAGGACAUCCAGACGGAUCACAGGCAUGAUUAACGAGGAAUUCAUUACCAGCAGGGAGAUGCUGGCUUGCAGGCCUGUGCCACCAAAGAGACGCACCAAGAUGGCUCCUGAGGCAGAGGGGCCACUUCAGCUCUCUGUGCCCUCCAUCGUGGUGGGCAGUGUGCCAGCAGCAGCGGUGGGGCAGUCUUCUCAUAGUGUACCCAAUUUGCCUCCUGUGAUCUCUGAGAAGGAAGGCCCUGCUGACUCUCUGGCAGUGCUCCCUUGUGCCACACCAGAGGAACUUGCUUCUGGGGCCCGGCGCAAAAUAUACUUGCCGAAAACCAAGCAAGUUGGGGAGGAAGAGGAAGUAAGCCCGGAGAGCCAGGGGCAUGCAAGAAGCCCUUCUGUUUCACCACGGCAAUCCAGAAAGAGCGCAGCCCUGUUGCAGACACCUGCCCUAGCUCCAUCCCCUCCUACAGAGAAGCGCUCACCAACCCUCACAAAGAAGAUGGCUACGCUGGAGGUUCCUAAGUUGUAUGAGGAGCCCACAGGUGACAGCAGCAGAGACCACGAAGUCCCUGAAGAUGCUAAGCCAGAAGAGCAACCAGCAGAGUCCAAUAAAACAAGUAACCCAUUCAAGGCUCCACAGGUGAUUCGUAAGAUCAGGGCCGAACAAUUUUCUGAUGCAUCAGGAAACCUGAAACUUUGGUGCCAGUUCUUCAAUAUUUUGAGUGAUUCUAAGCUGAUGUGGUACAAGGAUGAGAUCCCUGUAGCAGAAGCACAAAGGAGUGCUGGCGAUGAGGGCCAGGCAGCCUUGGCCAUUGUGCAGGCAUCCCAGAAGGACUGUGGAGUCUACCGGUGUGUGAUCAGCAAUGAGUAUGGCACGGACUCCACUGAUUUCCUGCUCAGCCCAGAAGUGUUGUCAGGAUUUAUCUUGCGGGAAGAGAUUGAAGUUGGAGAGGAGAUCGAGAUGACACCCAUGGUGUUUGCAAAGGGCUUGGCUGAUGCGGGCUACUGGGGAGAUAAAUUCUUCGGGCGUGUGAUGAGCGAGGACAUGGAAUUGGGUGCUGGCUUCCUGCGCAAAGCCUGCCGUGCCAGAGCCAUCUAUGGCCUGGAGCCUGUCUUUGAGUCUGGCUGCACCUGCAUCAUCAAAGUGCACAAUUUCAUUGUCUUUGGGACCAAGAACGAGAACAGCCUCAUCGAGAAGAACUAUGAUAUCACCAUCCAGGAAUGUAAAAUCCAAAACUCCAGUCGUGAGUACUGCAAGAUCUUUGCUGCUGAGGCCCGUGCUGUCCCUGGUUUUGGAGCAGUGCCCGAGAUAGUUCCUCUGUACCUGAUUUACCGACCGGCCAACAACAUCCCUUACGCCACGAUGGAGGAGGACCUGGGUGGGCCCUGUGAGCAGUACUGUGUCACUGAGAGAGAUGGCAGCUUGGUGGCUCGAGGCACCUCGGAGAUUGUGCUCAAAUGCUGCACCUUCCAGCACUGGGUCUACCAGUGGACAAAUGGAAACAUCCUUGUGACUGACAUGGAAGGAGUGGGCUGGAAGAUGACCAAUGUGCGGAUAGCUACCAAUCUCAAAGGGUACCAGGGGCUGAAGGAAAGCUGCUUCCCCUCUCUGUUGGAGCAGUUUGCUGCGACUCACCAGUGCAACCAUUACUGUGACAUCCUGGGCCUGAAGACUUUGGAACCGGUCAAGCCCAAAGGCUCCAAGAGCCCCUCCAUGGGCAGGAAAUCUGCCCAGUCCAGCCCCCAGCUUCAGAAGAAGGGGACGGCAAGUCCCCAGGGCACCCGCAAGACUACCGUGAGCCCCAGGAGUGCCCGCAGAAUGGCAGAAGCAGCGGAGGCCCAGACAGCCUCCAAACCUGGGCCUGCCGAGGCUGGCGGGCCUACAUGCCCACAGUAGCCGUAGCUAUAUUGGUGGGGACCCUUGCUGUGCCAGAGCAGGCCGGAGGCACUCCUGCCUUUGGCUCUUGCCCCAGCUCGUGACAUUUGUGUUGUGUGAUGUGUGCUAGUGCGAGCCACCUGGCUGCCUUUGCAGCAGAGCCAGCACAGCCAUGGGCAUUGUGGUGCCUUCUUUCACAGGUUUCUCUACAGAAGCUGCUGCCAGCUGUGGAGACUGUGGGGCUGUGCACACCCCUGAACUGGGGCUUUUUUUCUUUUCCCACCUCUUCCCCUUUUUGCUUGAGCAUUUGAAGCCAUCAGACUGGCUCCCUGGGCUUUGACAUUGCCAUGCCCCUUUCCUAGCAGUGUCCCAGUACUUCCCUGAGCAUGGGGCUCUCCUUCCUCACAGCUUUUUCUAUGCUGUCCUGACACAUGCUGCUACUCCUGUCCCUCUUCAUGUCCUCUGUAAAGCCCAGCCAGUGCUUGGUCUCCAGGAUGUGAACCAAAGCAGAGUCCCACAGGUCCCUUGCAUGCUGAUUGCAAACAUUUCACUCCAGUGAGGCUCAACGGAGAGCUGCAGCACUUGUGCUUGCCUGCUGCUAUUGCUUGGGCUUCUGGGGUGUGGGUCAGCCCCAUGGCAGAGUGUUGGUGGCUGCAUGGGGUGGGGGCUCGCACACCUCUCCUCCCAGCCUCCCCUGCCCGGGUGGAUGCUGAGGGCUGCGGUGCUGCUAUGGGUAAGGAUGCUCUACCUCACACAGGGUGCACAGAAGUGGGGCACUGCUGUCACACGAGUGUAAACCCCCUACUUAACACGUACCCCAGUGGCAGCAUCCCUGGUGCAGGAUGGAGGCCGGUUCUGGAGUCAGCAAUGGACAGGCAGUGGUGCUCACACUGCAAAGUAAAGCUCCCUGCAUUGGGUCUAGCCUCUUUUGUCUCGCCGCAGAGCAUGGCUAACACCAUUGCCACACUAAAUAUGGCAGUGGUGGUGGAAUCUGAAACUGGCUUGCUGCAGCCUGGCAAAGGAGGGAAGGGAGCGUGGUGUGCUCUGGGGCCCUGGUGCUUUGUUGUUGGGCCGCUGUAAAAUGAUGGGGUACAUACGUGUCCACCUUGGUGACUGGGGGUGCUCAAGUGCAAUAAAGCAAGAAGGACUGGCCUGUU